CGAGACGAUUUUGGUCGAUUUUGGUUUCUUUACAUCAAUUGGCAAUCGGCGAAAAGAUGAUAGGGAUAGGAGGGUACAAGUGGGAUACAAAAUGAUAAAAUAUUUUUCGAACCAAACAACAUAAAUUGGUUCCAAAUACAAUGCGAACCAAUCCGCCCAAACAAUACACAUUACAAGCCCAGCCCGGUCUAUUUGUGAUUACAAAGCUACAAAGUGCAUAAAAGAGUACAAAGAGGAGAGGGAGGAGAGCUGAGUGCGAGCAGAAACCUAUACGAAAUUCAAUCGAAGAAGAAGAAGAAGGAUGAGCUGCGGCGGCGGAAGGAAGGGGCCGCCGAAGCACCAGAACAGUUUCGCGUGGAAGCCUAACGCCGGGAAGAAGAUCAACGAAUCGGAACUAGGAGGGAGGUUCAAGCCUUACUCAGAGAUUACCGGCGUUUGCGCGCGCUGCAAGGGCCAGAUUGACUGGAAGCGCAAGUAUGGCAAGUACAAACCUCUCACUGAGCCUGCCAAAUGCCAGAAGUGUUCGAAAAGGAAUGUUCGCCAAGCUUACCACAACAUCUGCAAUGCUUGUGCAAAGGAGCAUAACGUAUGCGCCAAGUGUUCCUGUCAAGUUAGCCAUAUCAUUGGAAGAGAUUUGUCAGAAGUAGAGGCUGAGAAGAAGAUCCUUGAAGAGGCAAUAAAAAAUGCUCGCGAGAGGGAUAGGAGGAGUCUACUAAGAUCUAUGAACAAAGGAAAAUCUUUAAGUUCAGGAAAAUCCACGUGUCAAAAUGACAAGGUGGGCGAGCUAGUCCCAGAAUCACCACCAACUGAGCAAUGUGAUGGCUAUACUCAUGAUCAUAAUGAUGCAAUGAUAUCAAAACAAAAUGAUGAGAAACAUGGCUAUGAAGAGGAGGAGGACAACGAUGAUCACGAGGAGGGGACACUUGAUAAUGCCCACAGUGAUUAUUAUGCUGAAGAGGAAGAGGAAGAGACUGGUAGAGUAGAUGAAUGAUCCCAUUAUCAGUUCAAAUGCAUCUUCACAGAAUCUUAUUGAUAUCAAGCAGUUCAAAUCCCUCAAGAAGAUUUCGAGUAUGUCUUAUACCUCUUUGAUUACUUAAAGUUGAUUUAUAUGAACAAGAACCUUUACAAUUUGCUUUGUUAUGCCAUUUUGCAGCAUAGAAGUGUUUGCUCUAGUCUUUUUUUUUAGAGAUAUACCUCUAACAGUCUACCAUACUAACAUAUACUCCAUAUAAUCUAGCUGUCAAUCAAAGAACAUGUUUUCU